UUGACCCAGAUCUGUUUAUGUUGUCACAUGUUUAUUGAUUGUUUCUUUAUCAUUUCUCUAUAUGCAGUGUGAGGUCACAGUUUUAUGAGAAUGUUUGUUUGCAAUAUGAACAUGUUUGUUAUGUGCAGGUGCGACUUCAGAUCCCAAAAAAACUACGUCCAGGUGAAUCUGCAUUUUAAACCGGAACAUUUGACUGUUUAAAAAAACACUUUUGCAAAGGAGGGUGUUCGUGGUCUGUAUAGGGGUUGGCGGCCCCCAUCAUAAUGUUUUUGGGAUUUGGACUCGGCAAGAAACUGCAGCAGAAAACACCAGACGACAUUCUGAUUAGAUGAUUGACAGCUGUCACUCAGAUGUUCCAGCCAGUGGAAUGUACUUUAUGACGUAUGAGUGGCUGAAACACAUUCUCACACCGGAGGGCAACAGUCUGAUGGAGUUGAGCGUUCCGAGUAUUCUCUUUGCCGGUGUAAUGGCAAGAAUCUUUAACAGGGCCGAUGCGAUUCCACCUAACGUGCUGAAGUCUCGCUUUCAGACAGCUCCUGAGGGCAAAUAUCCCAAUGGGACAUCCUGAGAGAGUUGAUUCGGGAGGAGGGUAUCGGCUCGCUCUAUAAAGGAUUUAAUGCCGUGAUGCUCUGAGCGUUCCCAGCUAAUGCACUCGAUGUGUUGAAUCUUCUGCUGGUAGAUGUUGUGAGGAACAUUAGAUUCGUGCGGGUUUCAGCAUGAGUGUGGAGGUUCCGGUGGGUCUCACUGACCUGCUGAAGGGUUACACACUGGAGGUUCUGAAGCAGAGACCCGCAGAUCUGCUGGAGUUCGCCGUUCAGUACUUCACCUGUCUGAGGGAACAGCGGAGCUCCACCCGCAGCUGCAGCCGGUCUCCGGUGACCCGAGCGGUGGCCUUCGACCAAGAUUCUGCCCAGACAGACUCCGGCGACGAGGAUGAGGAGGAAGAUGAUGAUUUUCCAGAGGAUUUCACCUUCAAACCACCUCCUCCCAGUAAAAACAACAGACGAGUAUCAGUGUGCGCAGAAGCCUAUAACCCUGAUGAAGAUGAAGAUGAUGCUUCUGAUUCAAGGGUCGUUCACCCCAAAACUGACCAGCAACGGCACCGACUACAGGAAGCGUGCAAAGACAUACUGCUGUUCAAAACACUGGAGCAGGAUCAGUUUAAUGAGGUGUUAGACAGCAUGUUUGAGGUGCUGGUGAAACCACAAGAGUGUAUCAUAAAUCAAGGGGAUGAUGGGGAUAAUUUCUAUGUGAUUGAGAGGGGUGUGUAUGAUAUUGUGAUACAGAAGGAUGGUGUCAGUCGCUGUGUGGGUCACUAUGAUAACAAAGGCAGUUUUGGUGAACUCGCUCUCAUGUACAACACACCGCGAGCGGCCACGAUCAUGUCCACACAGGAAGGGGCGCUGUGGGCUCUGGACAGGGCAACUUUCCACAGACUCAUCGUGAAAAAUAAUGCCAAAAAGAGGAAAAUGUACGAGAGUUUCAUAGAGAGCGUGCCGUUACUGAAAUCUCUCCAGCUAUCGGAGAGAAUGAAAAUUGUUGAUGUUUUGGGAAUGAAAUCCUUCAAAAACGGAGAUCAGAUUAUAAGACAGGGUGAUGAAGCGGACUGCUUUUAUAUUGUGGAGUCUGGAGAAGUUAAAAUCAUGAUGAGAAGCAAAACUCGAGCAGGUCAGAGGUCAAACGAGGAGGUGGAGAUUGCCCGCUGCACUAGAGGACAGUAUUUUGGAGAGUUGGCGCUGGUUACAAAUAAACCUAGAGCUGCGUCUGUGUACGCAUCAGGAGAGACGAGGUGUUUAGUGAUUGAUGUGCAGGCGUUUGAGCGUCUGUUGGGUUCCUGUAAGGAGAUUCUGCAGAGGAACAUCUCACACUAUGAGCAUCAGCUGGUCGCUCUGUUCGGAUCCAGUGAUGAUCUCAAACACUGAAGAACUAACAAACCACUUCUCAACCUGUGCUUUUAUCAUGGGCUUUAAAGCAGAGAAUUCCUGGUUCAAAACAACUUGAGCACCGGAAUAUAACAUAUAGCCACGAGACUUAAAAAUGAUGUUUGCAUAAGAUCAGUAGGUGUUAAAGUUCAUCCAUUGAAGAACUGCUUUAUGAAAAAUGCUUGUUUAAGAAGAAAUGCUUUAAUAAGGACUUUUCUCCAUAAAUGUCUUGCCCCAGAUGUAGACAUUAUAAGUUCUGUAGUAAUCUUCAGCAUGUCAGAUGCUGUACAAAGAACAUGUUCAGAACCUCUCCUUUAACAUGGGUCCUUUAUGUACAACAGAAAAUUAAGUUAAAUUGAAUUCUAUUGUAGU